AUGGGGGAUGUGGGGGGUAUUUGCGAAGCAGGUUCUGAUUUGUGCAGUUUGAAAUGUCUUGUACCAGUUGCUGUAGUAGUUAUCAUUCUUUGUUUAUUCGUGAACCCCGAAUAUCCUGCGGUUUCAGUCGAGCAAUUCUAUGUUUCAGCUUUUAAUAAAACAGCCAGUAAUGCCACAAGUAGCACUAUAUCUUUCGAUAUUAAGCUCCAAAACCGAAACUCAGCAAUCGGAGUUUACUAUGACAGUCCUGUCAAUGUUACAUUCUCAUUUAUCCCUAGAGAAACCACUAACAAAAUAAUAUGGCAGUACUCCGUGCCCAAGUUCUAUCAGGGCAACGCUCAAUCUAGAAGACUCAGAGAUGUGAUCACGCCACUUGGGGCCCCCGACACUCCACUUUUUAACCAGACGGUGGUGGCUGAACAUUCGAGUGUCUUACCUUCUGGCGAGAUAGCAACAGGGCUUGAGUCAGUGGUGUACUUUAGAGUUGAAAUAACUACUAAAGUCAGGCUUAAGUUAGCCGGGAAGCACCGUAGACAAUUAUCUCUUAGUGCAAAAGUUCCUAUAGGUGCAACCACAGGUGAAAAGUUUGGGUACGGCGGAAUUCGGGCCAACGCCGCGUCAGCUAUUGGUUGGGGUGGAACUCAAUCAGCAGUCAUGGUUGUACUGCUAACUGCCAUUAACUUCAUAUUCAUGUGA